AUGAAUCCUGGCCUGAAUUCGCGGGAGGGGGAUACUGGCAUGGACUCGGAGAGCCUAGUAACAACGAAGCCGGGUAUCCUAUCGAACAAUAACCGGAACUCUGUCAGAGAAGAAAUCAUGCUGGAGCGGGAGCGAACCGGCCAUGCCAGUGUAGCCAGCGAAGCUCAUUUCAAGAAAGACCUCGGCUGGCUCGGUCUCUUCGCUGCAGGCUACAACAUGACAAGUUGCUGGCUUGUCAUUGCCGCAACCAUGACCAUUUCCUUGCCGUAUGGGCCCAUGGCAACAUCCUGGGGCAUCAUCAUCAUCAUACCUGUCUAUCUGUGUGUCUCCUUGACGCUUGCCGAACUCAUUUCUGUGUAUCCGACCACUGGAGGCCAAUAUCACUGGGCUUCCAUUCUUGCUCCCCCGAGGGUCCGCAGAGUUAUGAGCUACAUGACCGGCUUCAUCAGUUGGUUCGCAUGGAUAACUCUUGCGGCAGCUAGUUGCGGGGCUAUCGGCACAACUUGCAAGUCUCUGAUCUACUACGCUGAACCAGACUAUGAAGUCCAAGCUUGGCACAACUUCCUCUUCUAUGAAGCCACUGUUGUCUUUGCCUUCUCACUCAAUCUAUUCGGAAAGAAGCUCCUCUCCGCCAUAUACUCUGGGAUAUUUAUGCUCAGCAUAACCUCGUUUGUCGUGUUCACCGCGGUUACACUGGCCAUGCAAAAGACGCGGCAAUCUUCCGAAGUCGUGUGGACAAGCUCCACUGAAGGCUCUGGGUGGCCCACCGGCGUCCAGGUUCUGAUCGCCUUGGCGUCUCCAACCAUAGCAUUCUGCCCAAUCGAUGGGUCAGUUCAUCUCAUCGAGGAGGUGAAGAAUCCUCGUAGGGUGGUACCCCGUGCGGUGAUCGCAGCAUAUGUUAUCGCUAGCGGGACGGCCCUACUCUUUGUCCUAUCAAUGCUUUACUCCGUCAGCGACUACAGCUCUGUGCUCAGCACACCCUCCGGCUUCCCGCCCUUUGAAAUUUGGAGGCAAGCUUCAAAUACCGGCGUGGUGCCCAUUGUCUUUACUGCGGUCUGCAUCUGUUUACUGCCAAUCGGAACAACAGCGACACUUCAGGUAACUUCCAUGAUGACUUGGAGUCUCGCCGGCGACGGUGCUCUUGCAUUUAAGAGGCACUUGUCAAGAGUCCACCCCGGCUUGAACGCCCCUGUCUGGGCUUUGUUCCUCAACCUUUUUCUGUUAUUUCUCAUCGGGUGCCUGUACCUCUUCUCAAACCUAGCCUACAACUCUAUCGUGGGAGUCGCUGCAAUCUUGCAACAAAUUACGUUCUGUGUACCCGCCGCCCUCCUUCUAUGGCACCGUCGCUCGCCUGAUGUACUGCCUCGGGGAAAGGGCAUGCGCCUGCCAGGAUGGGUGGGCUGGGUUGCCAACAUUGGAACCAUUGCUUUCACUUUCGUUAGCACGUCCAUGAUGUUCUUUCCACCUGCCACCAAUCCGGAUUCAAGUACUAUGAAAAGCUCUACGCGAGUUAAAAAGUUGGCUGCAGUGGCUAACAAGGGACGUUCCACAGAUUAUGCAUGCGUAGUUGUCGGUGGUAUUCUGGUUUUAGGAACCCUGAACUGGGUGUUCUAUGCGAGGAAAAACUAUGCUGGACCGGUCGCGAUCAUUCUGCACGACUGA